AAGCAAUGUUGGAUUAAUCAAAUAAAGCACACACUCAAGAUGAAUGAGGAUGAACUGCAGAAGAAGAGGGAAGAGGCGGAGAGGAAAGCAAGAAGAGGAGAAAUAGAUCCAACUCAUGAGUUUACGUUCUUACUCAUUGGACAGUUUAGUGGACUGCUACGUCAUGAGAUUAUGGACUAUAUGUUUAAUGAUCCGUCUAUGCUGGAUCAUUUAGAUUAUCUCUUCAAAAGUGACAAUGCUAGAAAACUUCUUUUUUAUUAUCAGGGUGAAGAGCCGAAGGAUGAGGAGAAAGGAAUGGACCAGAGUAAGAACAAGAAGAGGAUCAAGAACCCAAACUUCUCCGUCCUGGAGAAGGGGAAGGAGGCCGAGGAGAGGAAACCAGGACGAAAGAUUUUAUUUGUGACGGAUGGGAGCGAAGGAUCCUUGAACGGGUUCUGUAUGUACUUUCUCAGGACUAGUACUAAGCGUACUCUUGGAGAAGAGACAUUCCAGAGGGAAAUAAUGGCAGGCUUGAUUAACGCGAACAUCAACGAGAAUCUUCUCUGGAACAUCGAGAGGUCCGUCUCCAAUGUGUUCAUCCCUCUGUUGAACACUAACGGGAUGGGGGACAAGGGGACGGAUCAACUCCUCUUCAAGGUUAAGAAGGAACUCCUGCCUUGUCUUAGAUCCUUUACAAGUUCUUUGCGCGUGGCCGAGUUAGUGUGGAAGGAGGGUGUGCUCAUUAAGGAGUUCCCCCCUGAAUCCUACACCAUCAAGAACAUUGACGAUGCCUUCGCCUACCUCAAGACUGAGGAUGGGCAGAAACGGUUUGAAGAGUAUCUACGGAGCUGGAUGAAGAAGAUUCAGGAACUCCUACUUGAAAGUGAACAGCUCCGCCUUGAAACCGAUGAUGCUGGGCCUCAGGAUGAACUUGAGUACUGGAAGUCUAGAGCAGCAAGAUUAACCCUUCUGGUAGAGCAGAUUAACACAAUGCCCUGCAGAAUGACGCUUGUUGUUCUGAGAACUGCUCAAUGCAAACUAAUGAAGGCCUGGAGAGAGAUAGAUGUUCGUAUAACAAGAUACCACGUAGAAGCUUGUGAUAAUGCUAAGUUCCUAGGAGCCAUCGAGAGAUCUAGCCAUGCUAUAUAUCUAGAGGACCCGUACAACAUGAAGACCCCCUUGAUGAGGCUGUUGCAUAUUGUGAAGAUGAUCUUCAACGUGUCCUGCUUCUAUAAUACCCCGGAGAGGGUAGCCUCUCUACUCGUUAAAAUCACUAACCAGGUGAUUAGAAGCUGUAAACGGUAUAUUACGGAGAGUGGACGAGUAACAAUCUGGAACCAAGAGAGAGAACAGAUUGAGAUUAAACUUACAGAGUGCAUCAAACUCAACGAUCAUUAUAGGGAUGCGUACCAGAAAGUCAAGAAUCGAAAGGUUGGAAGGGAACUCAGAGAAUUCAGUUUUAGUGAAAAAUAUAUUUUUGGAAGAUUCGACUCGUUCUGCAUCAGGCUUAAAAACCUUCUAG